UGUCCACCACUUCCAUCUUGGACAUACGGCGUAUCCAUCUACUUGCAUCAAGCUCCUUCAUUUGGCCACGGAUGUCAUCGUUGUACACGACAUCAUCAUGACCUCCGCCAUUUCCUGUUCGCUUGUACCCACUUCAGAGAGAGCUGCUCGGUCCAUCAAGACAAGCGACUCCGACUGCGGCUAGCAACUGAAUUUCUUUGACGCUGGGGCAAAGACGCCAGCCUGUACGUCACAGCUUCCGCCUAGCGCAUAGGGAUAGUAGCGAAAACCCAAUGAUGGCACGGCCUUCGCAAGCUACACCCAUACGAAAUGUAGAGCUCGAUGCUGGCUCGCUCGCACAACGGCUUCUGCCGAACCUAAUACCGCUCGUUGGAGAUGUUUCGGGUCCGGGAUGCAUCAGAUGGUCAGCCGACGGUCAGGUCCUGGUCAUCCUCAGGACCGGACUGCACAUCAUUACAUUCGCGCUAGGCUUUGAUCGCAAGUUCAUCCGACAACACUCGAUUGCGGGCGAAGCCAAUGACACUGGUCUCAAUCUGAACUGCUUUCAUGCUCACAUAAAACGUGAGGGUGACCUGAUUGCGCCCUCAAGAGGGCGGACAUUCUACAAUGCUGACUUUGCUGGUCAGAGUACAAGCUUCUGGACGCAAGCAUGGCGUGAUGCAAGGUGGUCGCCUGUGGGGCUGCACGGGCCACUAGGAGGAUGCUUGGUUGCAGCUCUGUCAAACGAGCUGGAAGUGUCCAUCUUUCAGCCGCAAAGCCAUAAGGACAGCCGAACGGGUCACUGGGAGCAAAUUCAGAAACUCGAUUUUCUCAUCGCACCCGAGGUUGCAGCAAGGGAACACGAGGACGGCGAAGAUGACGUAGGCACUGAUCUGUUGGAGCCGGACAGACAACGAGAAAAAGAGUUGUUAGCCGAAAUGGACUCGCAAACCAUCUGUCUCGACUGGCUUGCUGCGCCUCAAGGGCGAGCUACCCGCGGUGGUACCGCAAGGCCAUCCCUUCUUGCAACUGGGUCCCGAAGUGGCAUACUUUCGCUGUGGCGAUGGGACAAGUCUCAGACAGACGCAGGGGCGAUGAAGCUCUACAGCAAAAACCGCAUCUUUCAACAACAGAUCUCGCACGUCGCUUUCAGCUCCACAACAUGCCUUGUGGAUGGGUGCGAGGAGUUCACCCUGGCAUGCUUCUCUCAAGGCACCUUUGCAUUCCAGGAUAUGUCAUUUGACGCCGACUUUCAAAUCAUCACUCAGCGCAUAAGGCACCAUAGGCCGAUGGUUGAUACUGAAAACUGGAAAGGGCAGUAUGUCCCAUUGAUGUGCUUCACAAGCGAUGCGCGGCACAUCGCGUGGACCACUACUGGAGAAGCGUGGGUAACACCCGUCAAUAAGGAGGGGCGGUCAUCCAGAUAUCGUCUCGCAGGAUUUACAGAAUCCGAAGCACCUGUUGAUGGGGAUGAAUUUGUUGGGGACGAAUCUGGCGGCUCGAGGGCAGCAAUAAACAGACCGAGAUCGCCUUAUGCCCCUGC